AUGGCUUUGUUUGAUUGCAUAAGAUGUGGAUUAUAGCUUAAUGAAGAUACUUUUUAGCAUACAGGAUGUUGUGGUAAAGUAAUAUGUAGAGCGUGUGUAGAAUCUUUAUUAGUAACUUCAGAGGAAGGGAUAUUCGAACGCAUAUUUGACUGCUAAAACUGCAUUUUAGAAGUUAAAAAUAAUAAAUUGAAAAAGAAUUCAUAUUUAGGAAUGUUAAUAGAAUCAGUUUAAUAAUCAAAAGUAAUAAAUAAUUGGCCAGGGACAAAGACUUUGGAUACAUCUUCAGAUUUGUCUUAAACAGAUAUUCAAAACUAAAAAUUUUAAGUAAAAAUUAACUGUGGAAGAUGCUCUGAGAAUAUCAAAACAGUUUGUGUUUGUGAAACAUGUAACAAAAGUUCUUUUAGCAGAGAAAAGAUGAACUAAAGUUCAAAUAGAGUAUUAUUUUAAGAUUAUAGUUAAUUGGUUAAUGUAAAUUUGAGUUAGUAUUUAUGCGAAGCAUGCUGUGAUAUUAUUCACUCUGUCGGAGAUUAUUUAAAGCACUCAAUACAAAAAAUUCCUGCUACAUACUUUUAAUAGCAAGUAGUUAAUAGAUAGAAACAAUUUGAGUUAAAGCACAAUAGCAAUAGUGGUAAUAAUAAUGACUCUAUUUUUAAUUCGUCUAAUAUUAGUUUAUCCCAUGAAUCUGGCUUAAAUAAUACUAAAACGAAUAAAUGUAAGAUCCACAUUAAUGAAAAUUACAAAAAAAUUUGUAGCAAAGACUUUGAAAUAUUAUGUGAUUCAUGCUCUAAUAAGCACUUGAACAUAUGCUCAGGAAACAUUAUAAAUGUGGAUAUUGCUCAUAGAGAUUUCAUUCAUAAUUUAUUUUUGAAUGUAGAGAAUUUGCAACUUUAAAAAAACAUGCUAAGAAGCGAAGCUGAUACUCUCUAAUCUGUCAUUUAAUAAUUAAAUUAAGUAAAGCAAAAUGCUAAAAAGCAUAUUUAAAGUUAAAUUUCAGAUCUGAUUAUGCUAUUAAAAGCAAAGGAGGAUUAAAUUCUACGCUAAGUUGACAAUAAUAUCUCUCAAAAAUAGCUCUAAGUUUAAGAUUACAUGAAAGAAGUACUCAAUAAAAUUGAACAGUACACAAAUUUGAGUGAUUUGAUGUAUGCUGCUAUUAAUUCUGAAGAAUAUUACAAGUUUGAUCUGCUUGGGUCACUCCCUUUUUUCACAAAUAAAUAUAAAGAAACACUCAACUUCGAUUAAAAAAAACCAAUAAACUAAUUCACAUAACUUUCUGAUUUGUACUCAGCUUCUGCUAAUUUAUAAGGGUAAAUUUCACCUGUUGAAAUAAAUUAGAUUGAGGAGGCCAAAAUUUUAUUUUUAUCUCUAUCACUUAAGGGUUUCAAAGAUGAAUAGACUUUGCCUUCUAAGAAUAACGUUAAUUUAUCUUAAGCUAUCAAUAAUAAUUAAAUUAAUGCAAAUUUUAGUAAACAAGAUGCCUUUAGGAAAAAUAAUUUGAAAAGUCCUCACAGCAAUUCUUAAAGUAAUAUAUUUGGAAAGCAUUCUUCGCAAAAUAGCAAUAGCUCCUCACAAAAUGCUUCUUAAAAGGAAAUAGAUAUUUAAACAGAUAUUGAGAAAUCUUAAAAUAAUAUAUAAAAUACUUUAGGAUAGAUAUCAUCUUCAUCUUCUUUAUCUUAAAUGAUCAGCCAUAAUAGUCUAAAUUAAUUAAAUAAUAAUUAACAAGCUGCUUCUGGCAAUCAUUUAAACUCAACAAAUAGCAACAGUAACAGACUAAACACUCCUAAGCAAACAACUAGAAAAACAAAUACAAUUACUAGUUAAAUAAAUAAAAGUAAUGGAAGCUUUUCUAACUUGAAUGUUAACCCGCUAGCAAAUUCUAUUGAGUUUAACUCAAUUGUUUCAGCCAAAUGUGGAUCUACUUUCACAAAUAACCAGUCAAUUAUUUCUACAACAAUUGAAUCUGAAAAAAGCAAGAAUUCAGCUAAAAAGGCUGCUUCUUCAAAUAUUGGAAACUUUGGAAUUUCCCAAGUUUCCAGCUUCUGUGAAAAUAUUGGCAGUACUCCUGCUGGUGGAAUCAUAUCAGGUGGAGUUAAUAUCAGCGAUUAGCUUUCAACAAAAAAUUAAAAAUCAAAUAUAGCAAAUUCACAACUAUUAUCUUAAAAAUUAUCGCCAACAGAUUCAAACUUCCACUCUACAAAUUCAAAUUCAAGUAAACCAAGUAAAGUGCCUGAUAGAACAAAUAAAAAUAUGCCAUCUUCAUCUUCAACAAUAUCUUCAGCUAGAGAAUAGUAAAAUUCAACUUAAAGAGAAUCAAGCAGAUCAAGAGUUUAGCAAUAGCCAAACACCUAAACUAAUUAACAAAAUACACCUGUAAAGAGGUCUCCCUCUGUAACUAAGAAGUCACUUGAACUCACAAACUCCAACAGGCAGUCAGCCAGCAGAUCUUCACAUCAAAGCUCUACAAAUGGAAAAUCAGUGGCUAAGAGUCUUCACGACAUAACUGACAUGCUUUCUAAUCACGAUCUAAUUUAAUACAGUGAAUUAGCAAAAAAUCCUUUAGCCAAAAGAAUAAUUACAAAAACCUAUUCUACAUCUUAAUCAAUUAUGCUUUAAUGGACUCAUUCAGCUUAUUACUAAGGUGACAUUAAGUAUGCUGUAGAGUUUGGAAUAGGAAUGAAGAUUGGUGGAAAAGAGUAAUUUAAAUAAGUUUAUUUAGGUUCAUCUCCUUAAUAUAUAAUUGAAGGAUUGCAAUCAAAAACAACUUAUAAGGUGAGAGUUUGUGCUGUUUAAAGCAAAAAAAAAGAUGCUAACCAGAUUGAAAAUAUGAAAGAUUAAAUAAAAAAUGAAAACUCUAAUUUAAUUCAUAAGAGUGAUAGUAAUUUAGUUGAAGAAGAAACCACAAGUGGUGAAUGGAGUGAUGUUUAGUCUGUGUGCACUUAAGAGUUACAAUCAAUCGAACCUUCUGAGUGUGCCUAAAUCACUCGUAAAGAAAAAGAAAUAAUUCUUUAAUAUGACACACCUGGAAUAGCAACAACUCUUUAUCCGUAUUUUUAUGGUAAAAUUUCAUGGGAUAUCACAGCUUCGGUUGCCUCACAUGCCUGCGGAGAAGAUACCACAGCAUGUUUAAUUGUUGGUGUAACAAAUAAACUAAAUAAAAAAUUCAGUAUUGUUGGUAGCACAAUUAAUUACGGGCUUCAUCGUGAAACCCUAAAGAUAAAAGUCUAAUUAGAUUUUAAUAAAAAUAUAAUGGUUAUUUACACCCCAAGUUAACCACUUGGAGAGGUUUAUAAUAGCUUACCUACAGGAGGACUUUACCCAGCAUUCCAAAACAAAACAUCUUAAAAAACAACAUUAAGCAACUUAAAACUAAAAAUAACUUUUGAAGAAUAAUGA